UGGUGGUGGUGGUGGUGGUUAACGCGUGCAGACACCAGAAAAUUGUAAACAAUGAAAAUUAGUAACGAAACAAAAACAACAAAAUCAUGUCGGAAACAAUAACUGAAAAUGAAACGGAUUCUAGUGUCGCUGUUGAUAAUUGUAAUGUUGUUGAAAUGUUAACGAAUGAAACAUCGAUGAUUGAUGAUUCGACAAACAAUGAUCCGCAACAAUGUGAUCAUAAUGAUUCAACAACAACAAUAUCGAUGAUGAUGAAUGAAAUAUCAAAUAAUGAUCAAGAUAAUGAUGUUGAUGAUCAAUGUUCAAUUAAUUCAUUCGAUUCAGAUGAUGAUGAUGAUGAUGAUUAUUCAUUUGUUGAUAAUAUGCUUGAAGAAAGUGUUGAUAUUGAAUCAUUAAAACGAUGUGAACAGGUUAAACGUAAAUUAGAUGAUCUUGAUAAUGAAGAUGUACAAAUUGAUCAACAAAUUAAAUUACUAUCAUCCACUACUACUGCUGCUGUUGCUCGUAUUACAGGAAAACCGGGUAAAAAACGAGCAACUAAAUCACGAAUUGAAACUAAACAGAAAAAUAUUCUAGUCAAACGUGGUCAUGAUCUAUUUGAAAUUCUACCCGAAGGUUGGGUAGAGAUAACACAUUUUAGUGGUAUGCCAAUCUAUUUGGAUAAACGAAGUCGUGUUUGUACAUUAUCGAAACCAUAUCAUCUUGGCACUGGUAGUGCACGUAAACAUCAUAUUCCAUUAUCAGCCAUACCAUGUUUACAAUAUCGAAAUGAAUUGGAAAAAGAACGUAAAAUACGUGAAGAAUUGGAAUCAAAAUGUUUGAAUAAUAAUAAUGUCGAUGGUAAUGGCAAUGGCGAUGAUGGUAGUGGACAGCAAUCACUACAGCCGCCACAACCAAUUGCAAAAGUUGAAACACUUGAAGAGAAUAAAAAAGAACGUUCAUUAGAAGCGGCCAAAGUUCGUGAAUAUUGUCGACGAUUAUUUGAAUUUAAAACAGUUACAGUGAAAAAAUUUACUAAUUGGGCCGAUCGCCGUAAACAUGAACAAUCGAAAAAAUUAGCACAACGUCCAUCACUGCCUGAAUCUACAAAAUUAAUUACUUGUACGAUACCAAAGAUACCGGCAACGGUUAAUGGUGGUGGUGGUGGUGGUGGUGUUUCUGCCGCUACCAUCGGUAAACCAUUUAAAAAAGAAUUCAUCAUGAAUCCAGUUGGUAAAUCCGAUAUUUGUAUUCUACAUGAAUAUGUACAACAUACUGAACGUACGCAGCCAAAAUAUGAAUUUCAAGAAUUGGAAAAUGUCAGUAAACCAUAUUGUGCAACAGUUUUUAUCAAUGAAAUGGAAUAUGGUAAAGGUUAUGGUAGUAGUAAAAAAGAAGCAAAAACUGAAGCUGCACGUGCCAGUCUAGAUAUAUUGAUACCGGAUCUGAAACAGACAUUAAAUCAAGAACAGAAUAGAGCUGAAUCGUUGAAUGAUUUGAAAUUUUUUGAUUCAAUUUCCAUUGAAGAUCAACGUGUUAGUGAAUUAUGUUUGAAAGCUGGCCAAUAUUCACCAUAUCAGAUAUUGGUUGAAUGUAUCAAAAGAUUAUAUGGAUUCGAAGAUAUGGACAUAAAAACCGAUACAAGAAUUGUUAAACAUCAUAAAAUUGAAUUUAAAAUGACAGCAGGACAACAUGAAGCUGUGGUCAUUUGUAAAAAUAAACGUGAAGGUAAACAACGUGCAGCACAGAAAAUACUAAAAAGUAUUCAUCCACAAUUAACAUGUUGGGGUGCAUUAUUAAAAUUAUAUGGACAAGGUUCAUGUAAAACAUCGAAAGAGAAAAAGGAAGAAGCACAGAAAAUAACUGAAUUACAAAAUAAUGCCUGUUCGAAUAAACCAAAUUAUGCAAUAUUGAAUAAAUUGAAAGAAGAAAUGCUUAAAUUACAUGAUGAAAAUGGAAAACAACGACAACAACGACAAUUACAAUUAUCAUCAUUACCUGCCGUGUUGAAUGCAACAGUUGUCGGUAAAUGUGGUGGUAAAAUGAUGAUGAAAAAUCGAAAAGAAAAAAUGAAUUCUUCAUCACAAAACUUGUGAAUGAUAAUGGUGGUGCCUUGAUCCCCGAUUUUGUUCACCGAUUACAUUACCAACUCAUCCAAAAUCAAUGUUCGUUUUCAUAUUAUUAAUCAUUUUAUUUUAUUGUGUUGUAUUGUAUUGUAUUGGA